GUCGGGGAUUCUGGGCGGGACGUUGGGAGAAGUCGCAGGAGGAGGUUAGAGGCUGAUGUCUCCUCGGUGAUGGGGAACGCGGAGAGCAGCGCCUACCAGAGACGCCUGGCGCGGGUGCCACCCGCAGAGCAGGUCCAGAUAGGGCAUAGCUUCGACAACAUGGCUGCAAAUCCCAGCAAGAAAUGCGUGGGUCUGACGGCGUUCCAGGAUUCCAUUGGGCAUUCCCUUCCGGGCUCCAUGUCUCAGCGCAUUUUUCAUGGGAUGCGGAGUGUCAACAUAACCGGCAAAACCGCGGCGUGCGUUCCGGAGGUGACCAGGGAACAGUUUGUUGUCUUCAUCAUCGACCUCCUGAGAGGGACGGCCGAGGAGAAGAGCGCGGUCAUCCUGCCAAUGAUCGGCGCUGACAGCAGCGAGCAAGUAACGGGGCAGCAAGUUCAGCAGUUCCUGGAGGACUUGAUUGGCUCUGCUGUUCACGCGUUACGGCAGCAGAACGCGCUUUCCGGAUGGAGCCUCGACAACACCCGGGACUGCGCGUCCGGGACCCGCACCCUGGCCACCCAGCUGCUGACACAGCUGCAGAAGCUGAGCGGUGGGCAGUCGCCAGACGCCGCGGAGCUCUCGUCCUUCUCCAGGGCGGCCAUUGAGGACUGGCUCUACAGGGCGCCAAUCAUCUCCACAUUCCUCAGAGUCGCCGUCGCCUCGCCGUUCUCCAUCCUGCGGCAGAAUCUAGAACAGCAGAGAGAUGUCAGCAGCCUGGUGCCGCGCUGCCGCAGAGGGAGGGCGCCCGGCUUCAGCAGCCUCCUGGACCUGCCCGCCAUCAUGUACCUGAACUCCCACCUGCCCUCCGAGAUGCAGCACAAAUGGCGGCUGCUCUUCACCAGCCGGGUCCACGGCGAGAGCUUCUCCCAGCUGUGUGGCCACCUGCUGGACCAGGGACCCAGCCUGCUGGUGCUGAGGGACUCCGGCGGCUGCAUCUUCGGAGGAUUCGCAGCGCAGAACUGGGAGGCGAAGCCGCAGUUCCAGGGUGACAGCAGAUGCUUCCUAUUCACUGUGGCGCCGCUCCUGGACAUCUUCACGUACACAGGAUACAAUGACCACUACAUGUACCUGAACCAUGGCCAGCAGACCAUGCCCAACGGACUGGGUAUGGGGGGGCAGCACGACUAUUUUGGACUUUGGAUUGACAGUAACUUUGGAAAAGGCCACAGCAAAGCGAAACCGCGGUGCACGACAUACAACAGCCCCCAGCUGUCCGCCACAGAGGAAUUCUCCAUAGACUCCAUGGAGGUGUGGGGGCUCGGGGACCUGUCUGAGGAGCUACAGGUUAAGAACAAGAAGAGCAUCCUGGAUGCAGACCCAGAGGCGCAGGCGCUGCUGGAGAUGACGGGACGGACGCGGCAGAGCGAUGGACUCAGGGAUAAAGACGACGAUGAAGCAUAAACUAAGGAGAGGACGGGAGGCCAGAGGGGACUCCAGAUGAAACUCCGGGGCUCAUCCUCCCGACGCCGCCAUUAUUAUUAUUGCCAGCUUUAUUAUGGGCUUCAGGUCCUGCAGUUCAGGCGUUCACCACAAGAUGGCAGCAGAUUCACAUUAACAGGCUAUGGUGCUGCCCCCAGCAGAGCGCGAAGCUCAUCCUCCGCCCCACGUUUACCAGAUUUUAUAGAAGAAAACUUUUAUUACGUAAUUUUUUUCCGAUCCGAUGCUAAUCUCUUGUCCCGCUUCAGGGCUGAAUUUACAGCUUUUAAAAUAAUUUCCUCCACUGGAAACUGUAAUAAAUGAAACGGUGGAAUCUGGCGCCUCUCCCUUAUUCACAUACAGCGCCAACCGCCGUCAUUCUUUUGCAUUUGUUAAAACGUGGCCCCCACUCGUUUACAUUUGGAAUCACAAAUCUGCAAGAUCUCCACCGUCAGAGGAAUCAUUGACAUAAUGGGAAAUAUGGCCGUGUGCGACCCCCUGGAAGCUGGUGAUGUGCCAGUGCCGAUUGACCCGUGGAGGGACCGCCGCAGUCCAGAAGAUUGCUCCCGUCACUGGGACUUCUUCUACCAGUACCGACUGGUUUCAGGCUGCAGUCCACAGGAGCACACUGAGAUCUUGUGGACUGCAGCCAUCAUUAGCGUCUCAGUCUGUGGUCCUUGUGGACUGCAGCCAUCAUUAGCGUCUCAGUCCGUGGUCCUUGUGGACUGCAGCUGUCCCUCCAGUGUUAAAUCCGUAGUCGCAGCUUAUCUGUGUAGCCCAGGGCUAUACGGAGGCUGACGUGUCAGUGGAAGCCAUGCUGCAUUGCACCUCCGUACGUACAGCACAGAAUUUAAGGGGCUCAUUCGUGCGUGCACGAGCCGUCACACUUGGGCGUCCACAUGCGGCAGAAAUGUUGGGUUUACAGAACUUCUGGGGCAUGUGACUAGUCCUACCGCCCCCAGGCCUUAGUGUGGACCCCUCUGGUGUGAUGCUCUGCAGGGCAGGUUCGAUUGACUCCCAGACUCGUUUGUAUUAUUUAAAAAAUAAAUGAUUAGUCUUUAAUUGUAAAUGAAUUGGAAAAUACAAAAAAAAAAAAAAAGACGAUGAUUUCUCCUUCGAGCCAGGAAUCGCUGUCGUCGCGGUUUAGUCUUUCCGGUUUUCAUGCCUGUUAAAUGUUUUCUCCAAUAAAACACAGCAGUGUCGA